AUGUCUCACGGAGCUGAUUUCUGCGGAGACCGGCUACGCCUCCCCGCGUUCCUUCGUGUUGUUGACGAUGGUCUGCCCAAGCGACCGACGCGUCUCAGACGUCGCCUACCAGCUGUCGGGAAUGGCUUUGAGGCUUCGAGCCAUGACAGGCCCGACCACACUGACAGUGCGAUUGAUUCUGCCGCAAAAGCCGCAUAUCAAGGAUAUUCUGAUGAUGUGUUACUUCUCGGCAUUGAGCGCUCUACAACUUCGGGACAGCCACUGCCAGCACGGGAAGAGCUAUCGCUGUUCGUUGCAGAUAAAAGCGCCUAUCAAAGAGAUCGCGAGCACAUCGAACCUGUCCUGCUCACAUCUGAUCAGCCAACAGAGAAGCGUGCAUCAGUCAAAUCACUCACAACAGACACAAAGGUACCCAACAAGCCUUGCAAGGCACUAAGCACCCAGAAAAGACGGCAGCUACCUUUAAACGAACUCAAUCUCAUGCGAUCUACGUCCUCAGAUGGCCUACCUCAACCGAGUGAUGCAGACAACAUAUUCGCUGCUCCUGUCGCAGCCGGUGAUCCAAUCGAAGAUGGCCAGGUGGUCUCAUGUGUAUCUCUCGGAACUGCUCAUAAGCUACUGGCAUCUCACCAAGUUGGAAAGUAUCCUACGCGGAGUAUAACAAAAACCUUCUUCGCCAGCUCGACGAAGCGCUCAGGGUUGAUUUUGCGAGGACAGCUCGGCCGUCCCAGCUCAGUACAGCGCAAUGGGGCACACCACAAGAAACUUUCGACAUACACUUUUGCCACAGCGUCAGAUGGCUUCGUUGGUGCCGAGCUUAGCAUCCAGCGUAGGGGAGGACUUAUGAAGCCACAGAACCACAACAAGACGCGGAGAAAGAAAACCAUAAUAGCUUCUGCAAGGCUUGUCUUAGCAUCUGGGCACCUACCGAUACCUCCGGUCGAGCAUCACGUACAAGCUCUGCCUGUCGAACAUCGUAUGUCACCCCAAGGACAAGCUCGCAUAAGCGAUAGGCAGUCAUUAUCGGAGCGUGCGUUGACAGGGAUUCCACGAACAAUGAGUGAGAAUGAAGCCAAGGAGCUCUACGAUCACGAUCUACGACGGGGCGAGAGCUCGAUUCGAGAUCAACAUCCUAGCAUUGCGGCACCCAUCAGACGCGUCUCAGGGAUCUUGAGCUCCCAAGGUUUCGGCAAGAAGUGCGUCCCGAGCAAUGGACUGUACAGCGACAACAGUGACGCGCACCAUGCUACUUGGCCUUCAUAA